CCAAAACAGAUCUUAUGCCCACAUAUGAAUUCACUUCUAUUUCUGCAAAUUUUUAUUGUCAAAGUCAGGCUUUCAAAAUAAAAAAAUUAAAUUAAAUUAAAAAAAAAAAUAAAACAAACCUAUGGAAUUGGAAAAGGAGUCUCUCUAAAGACAAAAUUUAGAUUUGUCUUAUUAUUAUUGCCCUCUUUCUCAAUACCUCCUCUUCUCUUCAUGUGUUUAUUUUUUUUGGAGCUCUUCAAAAGGCCACCCAUCAUCAUAGCACCUCUCUCAAACAUUUCCAGGUUAGAAACCUAGAAUUUCAAUAGGAAAAGAUUCUAAGGGGAACUCUGACUUUAGGUGGUUUCAGUUUCAGCAAAAGGCUAAUCAUCAAUGGAUUAUAGGUAUGGUGUAAUGAGGAACGGGAGUGGUGUAUGGAGAUCCUUAAGAGAUGGAGAUUUUGAAGAAGAAGAUGUCUGGGAUGUUUUAAGAGAUAAAAAAGAUUCAAAUUCCAAGAUUGGGAAUUCAAUAGAAUCUUCAAUUUCAGUUCCAAGAAACCUCUCUUCUUCUGCUGCAAGAAUGAUACCAAGAGCUACUACCAGUGGCAGCAGCAGCAGCAGUAACAAUUCUUCUCAUGGAGCCCAAAUAGUAAAGCAACAAUCAGCACCUGUCAACAUUCCUGAUUGGUCAAAGGUUUGUAAAAAGACAUCAAAGAAAUCUUCCAAGAAAGCUAGUGAUUGGCGUGUUACUGAUGAUGAUGAUGAUGAUGAAGAUGAUGAUUAUCAUAGGGCUGUGAAAGUAGUGGAUACUGAUGACGAAGAUGAAUAUGCAGAUGGUGAUAACAAUUACCAAUUGCCUCCGCAUGAGCUCAUUUCGAGAAGGCUUGCUAGAAGUCAGAUUUCCUCAUUUUCUGUUUUUGAAGGUGUUGGCAGGAAACUUAAAGGCAGGGAUCUUAGUAAAGUUAGGAAUGCUGUUUUGAUCAAAACAGGGUUUCUUGAAUCACCUUGAUCUUUCAUUAAAAUGUUACAUUGGAAGAGGAUGUGAUGAUGGUUCAAUAUGUAUAGGUGUUUGUGUUGGCUCCAUAAUGAUUUUUAUUUUUGGAUUUAUGGUUUUUAGGGUAUUAGCCACUGAUCCAUUUCAUGUAAAAGAAAAAAAAAAAAAACAGAAGGAUUUUGUACAAAUAUAUGCCUAUUAGAUAUGGUAUGUGAUUGCUUUGAGAGGGUUUUUUUCAUUA